UGUCUGGCUACAUCACUCGACCACAGCUAAGUCCUGCCAACACGGCCGCUCUUCUGCUGUCCCGCUACACACAGCCAGGACCAGUUUGCUGUUCUUGCUACACACAGGACCAGUUUGCUGUUCUUGCUACACACAGCCAGGACUAGUUUGCUGUUCUUGCUACUCCCAGGAUCAGUUUGCUGUUCUUGCUACACACAGGACCAGUUUGCUGUUCUUGCUACACACAGCCAGGACCAGUUUGCUGUUCUUGCUACACACAGGACCAGUUUGCUGUUCUUGCUACACACAGGACCAGUUUGCUGCUCAUAUCACCGUAUAAGGUAAGGCAGAUGCGUGUGAGUUACGUUAUCGCUGCAGCGCUUGUGUUUGGGUCGGUAUGUGAUGGUCUCUUCGAUAUUCCUAAUCCGCCCUUCGUGGCUGGUAGUAUGAGAACUCUACUGGCAGGGACCGGGCUGGCUCUCUUAAAGACGGGACUUAUCAUCGAGGUUGCAAACUUGGCCUACCGCAAGACACAGGAGGAGGAGGAAGAUAGUUAUGGCAUCGCGGAUAGUGCUUCACGAAGGACCUCCUAUCCUCAUCCCUCUUCUUUUUACAAGUUUCUAGAUCCUAGUGUCUAUCCCCCCCGCUCCCGCCAACAGCGAGCCAUCACACAGGGGAUAGGGGAGAUGGAGGAGGCGGAGAAGCUGUUGCUGUCAGCCGCCACUCACCUGGACACUGACGGCUGUGUACUGAAGCUCCUGUGUCACCUGAACAACAAACAGGUAGAUGCUCGUACGCUGGAGGAAACCGUCCUCCUCCAAAUGUUCUCCGACAACCUGGAGACCAUGUCCUCCUACAACACAGCCUUCCAGGAGACUAGAGAUGUCGACCAGACCCAAGACCAAGUAACAUGUGACAAGAUGUUCCCCAACUGUCCCCUGACGGAGGAGGAGCUGGGUAGUCUCUUGCGGCAGACGUGGGGCUGUGGGAGCCUCAACCAUUAACGUGUAUGACAGACGCGGAGCUUCAAAAUGUCCUGUCAUAGUUCAAGUUUACUAUUUCCAAGUAAUUGUUGAGAUAUCUACAUAAUGAACGGAGAAUUACGUUCAUUAUACCCGAAUAUAACACUGUAGUUAAUUUCACCGGGAAACAAACCAACUCUCAGUGUUUGUGUCAAUGAACUUAUACUUUUUCGUCUGGUUAAUACUAUAGAUGGCGUCUGCCGGUCUAUUUAUAUACACACAAUAAACUUACGCAAGUA